AUGAUUGCGACUACAUAUCUUACUCCUGCUAUUCUCGCCCUUGCCUCAUUCAAUGUGGUAACAGGUGCCGCUAUCGACUCUAUUAAAACCCCCGAAGUUAUCCCCGGCCCAGGAUUGCCUAGCUUGAAAGAACUUGGCCUCACAUCUGCGGACCUUUACAAAAUAGGGAGACCUGAUUCAUCUGUCAAAGAGUCCUCGGGCGAUGACUCUGUCAAGACUUCCUCGAUCCAAGCAAGAUUUGAGCCCAGAUGCGGCCCAAGUGAUUAUGCAUAUACAAAUGUUAACGAGGUAAUUGCAUGCUACAAUUAUCUCAAGGCACUUGGCAACCAGAACUGUGUUGCCCCAUCUGGCUUGGGCAUUGCCCACUUUUGUUACGCAGGUUCGGCAGAGAUCACUGGGCAAUCUUUGAACCCAAGUGGAUCUUCCUCAUACUGCCAUCACGUGGCCGAUGCAGUGCUAUGGACUGUCGACCACUGCACCCGUCCAGAUCAAUCAGUUGCAGGAUUCCAAGCUGCUACCGGCAACGGUGACCUGAUCGUUGGGUCCACUAGCAAACAGUACAUUGGAUCUAAGUAA